AUGGCAUGUGGAGACAAUUAUUACGCACGGUUUAAUAUCAGACCUGGUCCAGGUGUAUCCAGUGCAUUGACAUGCAACGACUUCAAAAUAAAACCACAGCAGUUACCUUGCUCAGUUGCUCAGACGGACGAAAUCAUCGGCUUGCGUGCGAAUGCACCCGAACGGCAAUCUUUACUCCACUCGGGGCGCCGCACUCGCCGGCCUCCGCGCCCCCACCUCAUACCCCUCCGACUCCUGCUCCGUGCUCAGUACGGACGUGGAUCUCUGGAAACUGUCGUUCUAUUACGAUUUGUACGAUUUGCAGUCAUUGGAUUUAUACGUCUGGGGAACGUGGAUCAAAGCCAAUUUUUCAUUUUUAUACAUUUAAAGCUCAACAUGCUGCGGCCAGACGAGAGUGUCAGA